GUGAGUUGUCGUAGAAAUCGUGCGCGGACGUGCUUUGGAUCAGCUCUUGAAAAUCAGUCUUUUUUCCGGUGAUUGUAACACUGAAGCGCUUGGAAUUCCUAACCAAAAUAUUUUGUAGGGUUCUUACUGUAAGGCACAGGAGUUGUAACUCAGUUGCAUCAGUAAGUAUUACAGAAUAUUAAAUCAAAGUGUAUUGCAAUUUUGUUUUCGGCCGCCAUACUGGAAACACGCAAAAUGUACCGAUCGGCCAAGUAUGCAUUCCCAACAAUCACAUAAAGAUAUACAAACGAGUCUUAGAAUACAUAAACAAGGCUACGCGCACAUAUGAAGGCUCUCAACGAGCUCAAUCGAUAUAACAUUGCUCUGCUCGAGCAAUUCAUCAAUGCUCUCGUCGAGCAUUAUCGAAAUAAAAUUUUUACUCUGCUCGAGUAAAUCAAACAAUCCAUUCCUUACAUGUAAAGGACAGACACCGGUAAACAAAUUGUGGCGCCCAAUCAAAAGUACGGGAAGUGAGCAGUAUAAAUCAACUCUCUGCAUAGUCAUCGCACCGAGCAACGUAUACACAAAUGUAUGUAAUGGUAUUAUACUGCGUCCUCCGAUAUUCAUACGAUCGCACACUAAUAAACGACCAAACUCGCUUAUCGACAGAUUGCCUCUUUCUCACUUUUAUCGAAACAAUCAAUUAACGAACAUCGUGGUCACAGAACAAAGUGCAGUAAAUCCGGAAACUUCUCGAAUAUUACACAAAUUCAAUUUUUUAUCCAGUUAUACAGUGCUACUAACCCGGUCAACAUCGCGAAAGAACGUUUUUCUUGGUUAUGUCAACCCAAGUCUUCGAUAAUCAAAGCGAAUCCGAAAUCGACGAUUACGAGGUCGACGAAGACGAGGUGUUAAAAUCGGACCCUGAAGACAACAAUAAUUCAGAUCUUAACAACACGGUCACUAAUUUCGGGAAACUGGUGGUAGAGAAGUACAUCGAAGUGAAUAACGAUCGCAACGCAAGCCUCAGUUCCACUACAGUAUUUACGUCGACUGGCAUUGAAAAGCCGAACAAUAAGCAGAUUGUAACGAAUAAGGAGCCCGACGGUAGUAUAAUCACCACUCCUGAACUAGUGUUGAAUCAAUCCAGUAAAACCGACUGCAAAAGAGGAAGAAGCGCGAACAAUACACCAUCCGAUUCGCCAAAUCCAGCCAAAAAACAUUGUCCGAUUAUCAACAUGCUUCCAUCCAUGGCUGAUGCCCUCAAAGCUGAUGGAGGUGGACACAUGGUGGACAUCGUAUCGCUCAAAGAUGGUCAUCCGCUAACUAAAGAUCAAACCGACCUCAUCAAGGAAAGAUUGACCACCGAGCUUUUUACUAGAGAUAACAUCUCAAAUAUCAAAAUCGAACCACCGUACUUCGAUGGUACUAAAUUGCGCGUUAUUUGCGCGAACGUUGACUCGAAAGAAUGGCUGCUAGACACAGUUGGCAAGCUCGAGAAAAAAAUCGAGGGUAUCGAAAUCGGUACCAAAGAAUUAGGCGUUCCGCCGAAGAUGAUUACUGUCACUAUCACAAUGCCAGUCAAAACAUACGAACCUCCGGUCCUAUUCAGUAUCAUAACAGCUCAGAAUUCUGUCGACACAACUUAUUGGCGCUACAUGUCGCGCACGAAAGCAACGAACGGCAGACAAACCUGGUUUAUUAGUGUAGAUGAAACGUCACUAAAGCAACUCAAAGAGUUGGGCUACCGCCCGUAUGUCGGGCUGGAUCGCAUCAAAUUCAGUGUGCAGAAUGGAAAUCAGAAAUGAAUUGCAGACAUUCGUUAUCGAAUUAUUGUUAGCCUUCAUAAGUAAAUCAUUAUUACCCGGCAAUAAAUGGCAGCAUA